GUUUGGAGUGUCUCUAUAGGUAAACAUGGUAGAAGAAGAAGCAAGAAAAGAAGCCAUGGCUAAAUCAGAAUCUGGCGGGAAGAUAACGUUUUUUGUGGUGGCUUCAUGUGUCAUGGCCGCCAUGGGAGGUGUCCUAUUUGGCUACGACAUCGGGGUUUCAGGUGGAGUGAUGUCAAUGGGGCCAUUUCUGAAAAGAUUUUUCCCAAAAGUGUAUAAGCUCCAAGAAGAAGAUAGAAGAAGAAGAAACAUUAAUAACCAUUAUUGUCUUUUCAAUAGCCAACUUCUUACGUCCUUCACAUCUUCUCUAUACGUUUCUGGCUUCAUCGCUACUCUGUUAGCUUCAUCAGUGACUCGUUCUUGGGGUCGCAAGCCCUCUAUAUUUCUUGGUGGCGUGGCCUUUCUCGCCGGCUCUGUUCUUGGUGGCUCUGCUCAAAACGUUGCUAUGCUCAUCAUUGCACGUCUCUUGCUUGGCGUAGGAGUUGGAUUCGCUAAUCAGUCGGUUCCUCUGUAUCUCUCCGAGAUGGCGCCGGCAAAAUACAGAGGAGCAAUCAGCAAUGGUUUCCAGCUCUGUAUCGGAAUUGGAUUUCUAUCUGCAAACAUAAUAAACUACGAAACCCAAAAGAUCAAACACGGUUGGAAAAUCUCAUUAGCCACAGCCGCAAUUCCGGCUUCAAUACUCACUUUAGGCUCACUAUUUCUCCCGGAAACGCCAAACAGUAUCAUCCAGACCACCGGAGAUGUUCACAAGACCGAGCUUAUGCUUUGCCGUGUCCGUGGAACUAACGACGUUCAAGAUGAGCUUACUGAUCUCGUUGAAGCGAGUUCUCGUUCUGAUACAGAUUCAAACGCGUUUGUGAAACUGCUUCAAAGAAAAUAUAGGCCUGAGUUAGUGAUGGCUUUGGCGAUACCUUUCUUUCAGCAAGUUACUGGAAUCAAUGUUGUUGCUUUCUAUGCACCGGUUUUGUAUAGAACCGUUGGGUUCGGAGAGAGUGGUUCGUUAAUGUCCACGCUCGUGACCGGAAUCGUGGGAACCACGUCGACGUUCUUGUCGAUGCUUGUUGUAGACAGAAUCGGUAGAAAGACUCUGUUUUUGAUUGGAGGGUUUCAGAUGCUUGUGUCGCAAGUUACCAUCGGUGUGAUCAUUAUGGUGGCUGACGUCAACGACGGUGGGAUCGAGGAAAGGUAUGGUUACGCGGUUGUGGUUUUGGUGUGUGUCUACGUGGCGGGGUUUGGUUGGUCGUGGGGUCCAUUAGGAUGGCUUGUACCGAGUGAGAUUUUUCCGUUGGAGAUAAGAUCGGUGGCGCAGAGUGUGACGGUAGCAGUGAGUUUUGUGUUUACUUUUGCGGUAGCUCAAAGUGUACCACCGAUGUUGUGUAAGUUUCGAGCUGGGAUUUUCUUCUUUUAUGGAGGGUGGUUGGUGGUGAUGACGGUGGCAGUGCAGCUGUUUUUGCCGGAGACUAAGAAUGUUCCGAUCGAGAAGGUGGCUGGACUUUGGGAGAAGCAUUGGUUUUGGAGGAAAAUGACGAGCAAGCGUGAUAUCCAAUAAACCACCAUACUUGGGUCUUCUUAGCCGUUGAAAACUGAUUGAAUUGCUACAUCGAUACUUUCGCCAACAAAUUAUAUAAAUGACUAGAUCAAAU